GGGAAUGCAAUUUUCGAAGUAUCACAACAAGUGGUCGGAAAGUAGAUAGAAUGAUAUUUUGAUCAUCCACGUGGCAAAACAUUGUAACGGAAGGAAAUUAGGUGCAUAGCAAAAAAAAAUAACACAAUCGUGCCACCGAACCAAUCGGGCCGCCCUUUUCUACCGCCGGCUAAAUUUGACGGUCACAUAUAGAGCCCCAAAAACUCUCCACCAUGUCCACUCUUCCUUUCGCGCCUUCUGUCACCCAUGCGCACUUUAGCCACUCCCUCUCCCCCAUGUUUAUCCUGCGCCAUCUCCCUCUUACACGCCAUCUCCGUUUAUCCCGAAAUAACCGCGUCGCUUCCGUUGUAUCCGCCGCCGCCGUUCGCCAGGACGCUUCCCUCUGGACUCCAGCUCCUCUCUCUCUAAUCGAAUCAGCUGCAGAAUCGCUUUUCCACAUCUCAAUCGACAUUUCAAACGCUCCGGAUCUCGUAGCUUCGUACACGAGACCCGGUCAGUAUCUCCAGAUCCGUGUUCCUGAUGUUGAGAAGCCUUCUUUUAUGGCAAUCGCUUCUCCUCCUUCCUUGGCGUCUUCUCGUGGUGCUUUCGAAUUCUUGGUCAAGAGCAUCGCUGGUUCUACCGCGGAGAUUCUCUGCGGGUUGAAGAAAGGAGAGACCGUUGAGCUUAGCUCUGUGAUGGGUAAUGGUUUCAAUAUCGAUCUGAUUGAUCCUCCUGAGGAAUAUCCCACCGUUUUGAUUUUCGCCACUGGAUCUGGAAUUAGCCCCAUCCGCUCACUAAUCGAAUCAGGAUUUGGCGCUGAUAGAAGAUCUGACGUAAGACUCUAUUACGGGGCUAGGAACCUGAAUAGGAUGGCUUACCAGGAAAAGUUUAAAGAGUGGGAAUCAGCGGGUGUCAAAGUUGUGCCGGUAUUAUCACAGCCAGAUGAUGGGUGGAAAGGGGAAACUGGAUAUGUGCAGGUGAGAUUGAGAAACGUGCUCCUUAGUCAAGUCUGCUGUAACUCAAUGUGGAUCAAACUAAUAUAUACAUAAUGUGUUGUAUAGGCUGCUUUUGCAAGGGCUAAACAGCUAUCAGCUCCCAAGGCCACGGGAGCGGUGCUGUGCGGACAGAAACAAAUGGCUGAGGUAUGCACUGUUUUUGUUUAUGAGAACCUAAAUGCUUUAGAAGAUGUGUAUCUUUAUCAUUGUUUCGAUUUGUAUUGUUGCAGGAGAUAACUUCAAUGCUUGUAGCUGAUGGAGUCUCAAAUGACAAGCUGCUCAAAAACUUUUGACAGAUAUAGUUCUUGUAUUAUCGUAUAAUUUUACUGUUUCUUCACAUCAUUAUUCUUUUGAUACGAAAGUCCUCUUCAAGGCCUCUCUAAUUCAUAAACACACAGAAUUUUGUAGUCCCUU